AUGUCACAGGAAUCCUCCUCCACCACCCCCUCCACCUGGAGGUCCCAAUGCUCAACCAGCUCCCAGAAGAUCAAUUCGUGGACCGCUCAUAAUAUCGAUGCCAAUCAAAUUCGUCAAGAUGCAAAUGCUCGUCGAGCUGCUGCACUCGCUUCACAACAAACGGCUGAAGGAAAUGGAGAUGAGGACGAGGGAGAGGGAGAAGAUGAACCAGCAUCUGCGCCUGCGACACGUACCCGUUCUCGCCGAAAUGAAAGUGAAGCACAAAAGAAUAAGAGAAAGAAAGAAGAAGAAAAAGCAGUUGCCAAAAUCAAGGCCUCUAAAAGAUUUCAACGCCAAAGAGCUUUUGGAUCAGAUGAAGAUAUAACCGAUGAAGAUGAAGCCGCACUUCGAUUAUUUAAUGAAAGCAUGGCACCUUUACCUGAUCAAAUGGAAAAUUGUGUACUUUGUGAAAAGAGAUUCACCGUUACAGCAUACAGUCGAGCUGGUCCAGAUGGAGGUCUUCUUUGCCCACAAUGUACAAAAGAACUCAACAAGGGAGAAGGACAAGCAAAAAAGAAACGAAAAUCUCAAGCUGGAGCACAGAGAAGAAAGAUUCAGAGUAAUCUCCUAGAUGGUGUAUAUCCAGGCGCUAAAGACUUGAUGACCUUGUGUAUCGAAACUUUAGCCAAAAAUGUCGACAUGGCCGAUGACUUGGGAGAUUUACCAGAACCACUCAUGGAUAAAUUAUCAGCCAUACUUUCCAAGAGGCGUCUUUUACGUUCCAAUACUUUGAAUUUAUUUCUUCAAAAUGGUCGUGAAGUCGUCACCAUCUAUGAAGGGGCAUACCUGAACUCAGAUGACUACAUUCGAAUAUUUCAAGUCGUACCAAGUGUCAAAUCAUUACGCAUCCGAUCUGGUAUUCAAUUCAAAGACAAAGUAAUGGAACAUCUUAUAGCAUCUACUGUCAAACUUGAGCACCUGAGCUUGUCUGGUAGUAAUCUCAUAAGCGACGAAAAUUGGAACCGCUACUUCACGGAGAAAGGCUCACAUCUGAAAUCUUUCAAGGUUUACUAUACAGAUGGUCAAUUUGGUGAUGAUCAAAUAGAUGUUAUCACCAAAACAUGCCCUCAAUUGACUCGUCUUAAAAUCACCCAUAACCAAAAAGUCACUGAUGAGGGUGUUGCACAUAUUUCACGUAUCUCUACUCUUCAACAUCUCGGUUUGGAAAUCCAAAAAAGCAAAGCCUCGGAACCAUAUGUUCAGAUUCUUGAUAGUAUCGGACCCCAACUACAAACGCUCUCUCUUGGUCAAGUCCAUGAAAUUAACGACUCUGUCUUGAACGCUAUUCAUGACAACUGUCAGAACUUAAACAAACUCCGCAUCACGGACAAUAGCGUCUUGACAGAUGCAGGUUUCGCAAAUCUCUUCACGAAUUGGUUGAAUCCUCCCCUUUCCUUCAUCGAUCUAUCUAAAAAUCGUCAUAUCGAUGCCUCCGUCCCUCGCGAUAAUCCUGACAAUAUCGGUCUCUGUUCCCUCGGUUUCGAAGCUCUAAUGGCACAUUCAGGUCUUACUCUCCGCUAUCUCGAUAUCAAUUCUUGUCGACAUAUUUCCCUCUCGAGUUUUGAAAAAGCAUUUUCACUCGAAAAGGAAUAUCCGGAAUUGGAGGAAAUGAAUAUUAGUUUUUGUCAGGAAGUUAAUGAUUUUGUAGUUGGAAGUAUCUUCAAGACUUGUCCGAAAUUGAAGAAGUUGAUCAUUUUUGGAGAUUUUAAGGUUAGGGAUGUGAGAGUUCCAAAGGGGAGGAUUCUUAUAGGUAUGCCUAAUGCGAUGGGGAUGCAGAUUGAGGGGACUGGGGAUGGAGGUGAUGGGAUGAGUGCCUGGUGA